UGGCUGCGCAUUUUAACGUAUGAUUUCAUCUUUCUCGGUACGAACAAAGUUAGUGAGUAUAAUGUUGUUUCUGUGCAGUGUGAAAAGUGAUCUUGUUUAGAAUAUCAUCACUUUUAGUGAAUAAUCAUCGGUCGACGGGGAAGAUCAUAAUCGGUUUGAAUUUCUUUGGUACCUAUUUAAUUGGUGGAAGAUAAGGGUCGCCAUUUUGUGUUAAGUUAACAGUUUGGCCACAAUUUGGAGCUCUCACAACUCAACAAAAUCUAUACCUACCGUUAAAAUGGCAGAUAACAGCGGUUCUAAAGAACCACCCAUACAAACAAUGAGUGGUAUGCCUCCCAACCACAAUCCGUGGAUUUAUGGCGCAUAUCCUCCAUAUAACGGAUAUCACGGUGGCAUAUUCCCUCCUUACUAUAAUCAAUACUUCAACCAAAUGGGUAAAAACACAGGAUUUAGCAACGUUCAUCAGUUUCACCACGCUUUAGAGGCGAAAGCCGACUUUGGCCAUCAACAAUUCGUGAGACCGCCUCCACCACCAGCUCCAUUGUUAGGAAUGUCUCCUCUUGACACAAGUCGACCAUUUUUUAACCAAUCCCCUAUCAGGUUUAAUCUGAAUCCGCACAGAAAAACUGCUCCUAUUCCCUUAAAUGAAAACCCCCUUUUGUCUAGCAACACUGUGUCUAAGAAAAAACGCAAGAAGCUUAAUAAUAAGCCCGACGAAAGUUCUGACGAUUCAUUACCCCCUUUGCCCGAUCACCCACCGCCGUUACCCCCGUGCCCACCCCCAGACAUUCCUAAACCACCCCCUCCGCCCCCACUCGAUGUCCCUCUACCUCCACCAUUGGCUGCUGAGGAUAUCCCAGAACCUCCUGAAGAUGAGCCGCAAGAAGAGCAUGUUUCUCCCAAAGAUAUGGAGGUGGAACAUGCAUCUGAAAUUUCAUGCAAUGAUAUUUCUACAAAUCUUUUAAAAUCCUCUUCUAUAUCAAGUUCAGCUGGAACAUGGCCAGAGAGUUUAGAAAGAUACAUCAAAAGGUGUUAUGAAAAAUGCAAAACAACUUUUGAUCGUGAUCAAAUUGACAUAUGUUUAAAGGGACGUAUUACGGCAGCAGCUAACAAAGAUGAAAUAUGGACUAGGAAUUGGGAUGAAGAGCCAAUUCCCAGUGUUCAUAGUGAAAGGAAUUCGUUGGCUGUGAAACCAGUUCAUGGUACAUUAUCUUUGUACCAGAAACCUGAAAGUCACGCAGAUUCUAAAAAGAAUAGUUUAGCUAAUCAUAGAAGUAAUUUUAAUCAUAGAAGUCCUCAGAGAAGGCGCCGUCCACAUUCAAGGUCCAGAUCUAGAAGUCCGCCAAGAAAAAGGCAUAGUCCUUCUUCCACAUCAAGCGAUGAGGUUGAAGAUAAAAGAAACUUCAAGAGCAAAGGGCGUCAGAAAGUCAAAGAUAGGUUAUCACUUGACCAUAAGAAACCUGAAAAAUACACUAAAAAUAAGAAGAAGGCACAAUACAAUCAAUUUGUUAUUGAUGAUGUACAAGGAAAUGCAGAAAGGUUACAAAAGAGAGCUGAACGAUUUGGAAAUGCGAAUGUUCCCACCAUAGCUAGUUCUUUACAGGCUGGAUUCAAGAGACCAGAGCUGACCGCAAGGAGACCAAUCAUAGAAGAUAAUGAAGGAGAUUAUGAGUUGAACAAUAUGCACAUUGUGGGAACAUGUAUGGAUAUAGAGAAGUCUUUCCUCAGGUUGACCAGGGCACCUGAGGCUUGUGAAGUUAGGCCUGUAAAUAUUCUGAGGAACUCCCUUAAAAAUGUAAAAGAAAGAUGGAUUGAGAAACAAGAUUAUAGAUAUGCAUGUGAUCAACUGAAAUCAAUUAGGCAAGAUUUAACAGUACAAGGUGUUCGGGAUGGUUUUACAGUGGAAGUGUAUGAAACUCAUGCUCGGAUAGCUCUAGAGAAAGGUGACCAUGAGGAAUUCAAUCAGUGUCAGACACAACUCAAAAUGCUAUAUUCAGAGUUACCAGACAGUAGACCUAAUGCUCCAGAGUUUACAGCUUACAGGAUAUUGUACUACAUUUUCACAAAAAAUACUUUAGAUUUAACAACUAUAUUCCAGUUUCUUUCUAAGGAAGAUAGGGAAAAUGAGUGCAUAAAGCAUGCACUUCAAACAAGGUGUGCUUGGGCAACAGGAAACUUACACAAGUUUUUCCUGCUGUACAAGACUGCUCCCCUCAUGGCCGGCUAUUUGAUGGACUGGUUUGUCGAGAGGGAGCGCAGAAAAUACCUCAAAUAUAUAAUAAAAUCAUACAGACAGAGCGUUCCUGUGGACUACAUCACCCGCGAGUUGGCCUUCGACUCUUCGGAUAAGACGUUUGAGUUCUUGCAACAGGUGCCAGUUAUUUACACUGGUAGCGAUCAAACUCAAAUUGAUUGCAAGGCCAGCCUACAAGCUGUACUUGCUAUAUAACAUCAUCUGCGUGAUGUUCCUGUUUUCGUAAAAUAUUGUUGCGUGGUGAUGUAGCAACCGCAGUGUCGAAAGGCCAUUUACGUCGCAGGGUUCCAUCAGUUAGCAGAUUCGUUCCUGGCUCACAUUAUUGUCACAUUAGUUUGAUCUGCUUUAUAGAUGCGGCAUAUAGCUAAUAUACUAUUCCAAAUUAAGUUGUCCAGUUGAAGAAAAGUUGCCGAUGUUCUCAACGCACAUAUACCUGGAGGUUGAAGAUUACCUGCCACCACGCUGCGAAGAUGCAAAUGCUACAUUUUGCCUAACAGUGACAGUUUAAAAGACAAUUACAUACAUAGCAAAGCAAAUGGACUUCAUUAAGUGUUUCUAGUUUUAUGCAACAAGGUUUUAUUUUUGUACAUAUUGUGUAAAUUGUUUAGACUCAAUACCGUUAUUAUUUUGUAAUUUGUAAUGAAAGUUGAUUUUAUGGAAUGUUCAUAUUGAAUAAUACAAGUC